AUGGCGCAAAACUAUCAAAGUAGUUAUCAAGGACAGAAGAAUAUAGCCCAAAGCUAUAAAUUUAACGAAAAAUUUGAAGAUUCUGAAGAAAUAGAUGAUGAUGAAAUCUCAUAACAUGAAAUGAAAGUAAAAGAUAUGCAAAAUAGAGUUAGUGCAGCUGGCAAUUAAAAAUAUAAUCUAGGAUUAAAUGGAAAUUAGGAUAACUUUUAUUCUAAAAAUGGUGGCAAUUAAAAUUAAUAAAAUAUGGGCAAUUCAAGCUAUACUAAUGGGAUACAGCAAUCAAUAAACAUUUAUAAUCAAAAUAAAAACAAAAUGAAUGAUACGCCUUCUAAAAUUAAUGACAUUUAAAUUAACUUGAAUCAUAGCACUUCUGAAAAACCAUCAGCUAUUUGCUUAAUAUAAUUCCAUCAAGAUUCAAAUAGAAUGGAGUUAGGAUCAAGAGCAAUAGAAAUACUAGAAAAAUAUUCUGAUCAUAAAAUUUGUUUCGUUUCAAUUGUUGGGCUUUAUCGCUCAGGAAAAAGUGCUCUUUUGAAUAAACUUCUUGAUAUAAGAUCAGGCGAAGGAUUUAAAGUAGAUGAUUCUGUAAAUGCUUGCACUAUGGGUAUUUGGAUGUGGUCUAAUCCAUAGUAUAACGAAAAUGAUGAUCUUUAUAUAUUCUUUAUAGAUACUGAAGGAUUAUAAAGCGUUGAAUAAACAUAAGAUCAUGAUAUAAAGAUUUUCACUUUGACCAUGCUUAUUUCUAGCUUUUUUAUAUAUAAUAGCAAAGGUGUUAUUGAUGAGACAUCAAUAAGUUAGUUAGGACUUGUUACAAAACUUACAAAAAAUAUUGCAGUUAAUGAGUAUGGAGACAAAAUGGAUGAAUAUAUGCUUGCUUAGUAUACUCCCAAAUUUUUGUGGAUAUUAAGAGACUUUUCCCUUGAAUUAUAAGACUAAAAAGGAAGAAGAAUCUCUGCAAAUCAGUACUUAGAAAACUGUCUCAUGGAAGAUGGUAACACCAAAGUAUAAUAAAGUAAAAAUGUUAGAAAAGCAAUUCUAUCUUAUUUCAAGGACAGAUCAUGUCUGACUAUGGUUAAGCCAAUUAGCGAAGAAGAUAAACUAAAAAUAAUGGAUAGGUUAUAGUUGGAAGAUUUAAGAAGUGAAUUUUAAAAAUAAAUAAUCGCAUUAAGGGCACUUAUUUUCUAAAAAUGCACUCCAAAAAUGUUUAAUGGUUAGUAUCUUAAUGGAAGAAUGAUGAUUUCAAUGAUAGAAACCUUUAUAAAUAACAUCAAUCAUAAAGAAGGAAUUCCUAAUAUAUAAAGUGCUUGGGAAAAUAUUGUUUAAAAUGAAUGCAUAUUAGGCCAUCAAGUUGGUUUAUAACAGUUUGAAUCUUAAAUGAAAACCUUAUUAGAAAAUAGAGAGACUGCAGUUGAUUUUAUGGAAUUGUACACCAACUUUAGAGCGAUUAGAGAUAACGUAUUAGAAAAAUAUGAUUCUAUUGCAGGAAUCAGAGAAAAAAAUUAGUAUUACCAUCAGUAUCGUAUGGAAUUAAUUAAUCAUAUGGAAUCACGAGAGUAAUAAGCUUUCGAGUAAAACGAAGAAAUAGCUAGCACAUAAAACGAUUUACUCAUCUAAGACUUAACAAAAGGACUCAAUGAAAAGUUUGUUUUAAAGAAGUUUAAUCAUAAAAAUAUUAAUGAAUACAUUUCAGAAUUCAAUGAGUAACUUAUUAAUCAUUUCUUAUUUAUGAGGCUUUUUUCUUAGUUAAAUAAAUAAAUAUCUAUAGAUUUUUAAGCCAGUAUGAUUAGCAUGCAGUAGGAAUGA